CUGAGCCCGCGGGGCGGCGCCGGGCGGCUGCCGGGCGGGCCGGGGCGAUGGCGGCGGGCGGGCGGUGCUGGGGGGAGCGGGGCUCGGCCGUGGUGCAGCUGCCCCGCACGCCGCGCAUGGUGUCCGUGGAGUACCCGGGGCUGGUGCGGGAUGUCGGAGCCGUGCUGCGGACGCUGGGAGGAGAGGAAGGGGUGUCGCGGAUCUACGCCGACCCUGCCAAAAGGCUGGAGCUGUGUUUCCGCCCCAAGGACCCUUACUGCCACCCCGUGUGCGCCAAUCGCUUCCCCACCUCCACCAUGCUGCUCAAGGUGAGGAGGAGGACCAGGAGGAAUAAGACGCAGGUGGACACGGAAGAGCCAGUCCAGCCAGAAGUCCAGUUUGAAAUGGAAAUUGUUGGGAUUGUCACCACUGUUUACAAAUUUCAAGGAAUGUCUGAUUUCCAGUACCUGGCAAUGCACUCUGGUCCUGAUGGCAAACAAACCUCCAUGUAUGACAAAGUCCUAAUGCUCAAACCAGAGAAGGAAGAAUUUUUCAAUAGAGAAUUACCUCUCUACAUCCCUCCACCAAUUUUCUCACGUUUAGACACUCCUGUUGACUAUUUUUAUCGACCAGAUACCCAACACCGGGAUGGGUACAACAACCCCCAGGUGUCUGGUGAGAACCUCAUUGGCCUCAGCAGGGCCCGUCGCCCACACAACGCUAUCUUUUUGAACUUUGAUGAGGAAGAAGUCCCAACAAAACCCCUGGAUGCUGCUGUACAGACCUGGAAGAAAGUGUGCACCAAUGCUGUGGAUAGAAAGGUGGAGGAAGAGCUGAGGAAGCUCUUUGAAGUCCGCCCAGUCUGGUCCCGGAAUGCAGUAAAAGCCAAUGUCAACAUCCACCCAGACAAGCUGAAACUCCUGUUGCCGUAUCUGGCCUAUUACAUGCUAACAGGUCCCUGGAGGAGCUUAUGGGUUAGGUUUGGGUAUGACCCCAGAAAACACCCUGAAGCAAAGAUUUAUCAAGUACUGGACUUCCGAAUUCGCUGUGGAAUGAAAUACGGUUACGCACCUAACGAUAUGCCAGUGAAAGCAAAACGCAGCACAUACAACUACAGUCUGCCCAUCACUGUCAAAAAGCCAGUAAGUCAUACAGUCAGUGUGCACGAUCUGAAGCAGGGACUUGGUACUUCUGGUACAUCCAGUGCAAAAAAGUCUGCCUCCAGCAGGUAUAAACUGAAGGAAUCCAUCUACAUUUUCCGAGAAGGAGCCUUACCCCCUUAUCGGCAGAUGUUCUACCAACUCUGUGACUUGAAUGUGGAAAGCCUACAGAAAAUCAUCCAUCGGAAUGAUGGUACAGAGACAGAAUGCACAGAGCGGGAUGGGUGGUGCCUUCCGAAGACUAGCGAUGAUCUGCGCGAUACCAUGUCCCUGAUGAUAAAGCAGAUCAUCAGAUCCACUAGACCUGCUCUUUUCUCAAGUACAACAAGCAAUGAAGAUGGCAAAGAGCAGCUUGCAUAUGAGUCUGGAGAGGAUGAGGAUGAUGAAGAGGAAGAGGAAGAGGACUUCAAGCCUUCUGACGGGAGUGAAAAUGAAAUGGAAACAGAAAUUCUGGACUAUGUGUGAACUCGGUUUGAACACGGGCUGGCGAAGUCCAGCUGGAUCGGGGAGAGGAGCGAGACCACGCGAAGGCUUCCAGUCAUCGAGAGCACGAGGCGCCCGCUCCAUCGCGGCACGCACGCAGCCCUUCUCAGGGCUCCCAGCACCGGCGCGGGGCUGCAUCCCUUCCAGCGUGCCUCCUCGUCCGCGGCUUCUCCCAGGGUAAGGACGUGGAGGUAAAAACCAACGCCGGGAAGCUCCCGUAGCAGCGGCUCGCCUGCCGCUCCUUGCAAACAGCCCCUCUGCAGGCCUCCGCUCCCCGGCUCGCGCGGACACAAGGCACCUACGGCAGAGAGGCGGGCUCCUGCUCUGGGCAGGCCGGCGGCUGGACGAGUGGCGCACCGUGGAAGG